UUUCUUUCCACCAAUAGCAAAUCGACAGCCCCAGGACGGUAGGCGGAAGGAAUUUGUGUGUUGUUAUUUCGACGUAAUCUUCCCUAUUUCUUCGCAAGAGCAAACUCGCGAAAUUCACGAUUUUCUGCUUGCUGGAAGCAAACACACAGCGCCUGUGUGCAAUUAAACGACGGAAAACGGUCAACGUGGUGUUGUUGCUCGCCGUUACCAAACAGAACCCCAAUCGGUAGCGUUCGGUUCAGAACCUGCAGCGCGACUUUCACUUGGAACAGAACCAACACACAAUAAUGACUCAGUGUGUGGUGUUUGGUGCAUAAAAGUUCAGUCAUUUCAGUGUACGGUCGCAACAUUAUUCGAAGGAUUCGGUACAAGCUUGCGAAAACAAUCGAGCAAACAAACAGCACAGCUGGGUACCACUGGCUAUCGAACCGGACCAGACGGACAGGCGUUGUAGAAUAGAGGGGGAGAGCAACCGAAAAUAGCAAACAGCGGAACAAGUGGAAGUAACAACAGCAAGGUAAGUCGAGAUGAGUUACGCAUCAUUCGACAAUAAUGCCACCACGGGCAGUUCAAACAUUACCAGCGAGGCAGACUUUCAGAAAACGGCCCAAAUCGUGGUGGCCAGCAUCCAGAAGAUCCUGCAAAAUGUCUCGUCAAUGCAGCGGAUGGUCAACCAGUUCGGUACGGCACAGGAUUCGCCCGAGCUUAAACAACAACUCCAUCAAAUACGGUCCUACACACAGCAAUUGAUAAACGACACGACCAACCAGUUGAAUGAUUUGGUAAACUGUAAAGAGCGUCAUCUAAAGAUUCAGCGUGACCGGCUGGUGGACGAGUUUUCCAGCGCCCUGAACGCAUUCCAGGCGGUGCAGCGAAAAACGGUUGAUCUGGAAAAGAAUGCCGUCCGGCAGGCGCGGCAAGCGAGCGGGGCGGCCACGACCCUAAACAAACCGCCCGGCGGUUCGCACCAUUCGAGCAUGGGCUCGAACUACAACAACAACCACAGCUCGAACAGUGGUGGCGGUGGUGGAUCGAUGUUUGAGGAUAAUUUCAUUACCGGAUCGAGGGGACAGACGCAGGAGCAGCUGCAGGAGGAGAUCGAUUUGCAGGCGCUCGAGGAUCAGGAACGAACGAUCCGUGAGCUGGAGGAAAAUAUCGUUAGCGUUAAUGAAAUUUACAAAAAGCUCGGUGCGCUGGUGUACGAACAAAGCCACCAGGUCGAUUCGAUUGAAGCGUCCGUGGAGCAGACGAGUGUCUUUGUGUCGGAGGGCGUGCAGCAGCUUAAACAGGCCAGCCACUAUCAGAACAAAGCACGCAAGAAGAAGCUUAUCCUGGCGCUGAUAGCAGCCGCAAUACUAGCGUUUAUCAUUCUCAUCAUUAUUCUGAAGCAUUAGCUAACUGGCGUGGAAGAGAAUCUAACCGUACGACAUAUAUUAUAGAACGAAAAUGUUUACAGUCAAACAAAACAAAAACCCGCGACGUUAAAUGGACGAAGGACGACGACGGGGCCCCCUCGUCCCCUUCUUCCCCAUCACAAUCCAAAGCUCUAGCGCAAUGUGCAAUGCAAAAUGUGUGUGUGUGUGUUUUGUGUUUAAAUUAUUUAAUUAAUCAUCAUUUUGCAAGCGAGUGUUUCGCACGAUUGUAUUUAGGGAGAAAAACAUUGGGUUUGCAAAACACUGCUACCGGGCACACAGGUCGCGCCCGCAUUCAAAAGCAUUCCAUUGGGCAGAUUGGGACGAAAGACACGCACACACACACAUCGCAUGGUGGCCCCGAUUUAAUGAUAAUUAUUAUGUGCUCUUUUGUUCUGUUUGCCGCUUACUCUGAAAUAUACAUAUAUUCUUGUAUUGCUAGUUUGCUAGCGGGUGGUGGCGCCCGCCCGCUAGUCUCCUCACAAAAUCAGUUGCUUUUUACUGCUAAAAGCCACCAGAAGAAAAGAACAGCCACAGCAAUUCGUUUUUUUUUUUUGUAGUAUUAUGUCCCGUCCAUUGUUCUUAUCUGGCACGAAUAUGGGCAUUACCGUUGGGAACGCUGCGUUACAUGCAAAAGCAAGGCGAACUCAAGCACACAAGUUGAAACGUUAACGUAACGUAUAUUUCGACUGUGAUACGGAGAUGUUGGAUUGUGGAGAGUAAUAGUUUGGAAUAUUUUAGUAGAAAAAACAAACACUAAAGCAAAUAAACUAGAAAAAGGAGAACGCAAAUCCAAAGCAAAUACAUACGAUACAUUUGUUACGAUGCGGCGCAGACUAGACCACACCAGACAGACGUCCGGUCUUAUGUUUCUCCCUCACUCUCAGAGCUUUUAUUAAUUUUAUUUUAAAAGAAACAAAAAAGCGCAUGUGACACAACUGUAGGAAGAAAAGGCAAAGUUAAUCAAUAAAUGGUACAUGUUCUUCUCAA